AUAGAGCCUUGCAGUGCGUGAAGUUUUGGUCACAGCAUUCUCAGGUACUAACUACUUGAUUUUUGUACAUGGGUGCAAAUACAUGUUUGCAGAGAGACGAAUGCGUGGAGGAAAGAAAGUCGUCGUCCCCUGCCCAUCCAUGAUGCGCGAUUAUCACCGGUGGAUGGGUGGGGUCGACAUACAUGAUCAACUCCGUCUCCAGCGGUACUCGCUGCAACUCUCGGUUGUCUUCCGGAAAUAUUACAAGACCAUAUUCCUUGGUCUGGUCGAUAUGGCUAUCGUGAACGCGUUCAUCAUCUACCGAGGGGCUCGCAAGCAGCGUAACGAGUCCCCAGCAGACCAUGCCAUGUUUCUGCGCCACCUACGGGCGCAAAUGUUGAAGCUCACGGCAAGCGACUUCGCCGAUGUGGUACGAGGCAAGGAGGUGUUCAUAAGAUGCUAGAUACUAACCGAUAUUGAGUAUGGGAUAAAUUCUCUCCUCAACGCCGGCUGCGCGCUCCGAGACGUUGGCCCUCAUCUCCGGUGAGCACAAGCUCACUGUGUUCCAAAAUUGGAACCGCUUUGGCGACCAGAAGCAGCGCCGUAAGCGGCCGCAGCACCAGUGCAAAGUCUGCUCACUCCGAAAGGGGAAGGUUGGGGAGCGCUGUGCUAGCCGCUUCUACUAUCAACCUGCACCAAAGGACAAAAACGCGUGUAUUUGUGUGAUCGCGUCCGGCCAAACCACUACCCUGGAAACACACUCACGUGUUUUCAAAUCUGACACACAAAAUGGAAGAACGGGAGAGAGCGUCCACGCUCUCUCGUUGGCCGUGACAUCCAGUUGCGAGGCCUGGGGAAGAAGAAGCGCCACUCAGGGGCCAAUGAUCCAGAGGAAAGUGAGGACGAGGAGGUUGAUGACGGGACUAACCAGGAGGAAAAUGAGGACGAGCAGGAGGAAGACAGGGAAAUUUAGGCUGUCUUUGGUAGGAGUGUAGCUAAGAAAAAUACACUCAUUGCGUAUCAACUGCAAAACUUUGGCG